AAGAGCUUCGUUGGCAAUUUCUUUAUCUUACAAGAGGCACUUCAUAAUGUAUUUUGUGCUUUUCUCACGUGCACAGCGCGGGGGUCGAUGCUUUAGCAGUGUUAUUAUUACAGAAAUAAUCCUUUACAUUUGGUUCUUUUCCACUACUGAAUUUUUAGGCGCAACACUAGCUUUUUAUCCAGCAACGUUUUCUAAUCGUAUAUUGGUGCCCCGUGCAGGAUCUAGGCAUGUGUAUCGCUCUUUAAGUGACACAGACUGGUUGAACUGCAUUAUAAAAUGUCACAACGAUCCGAUUUGUGUUUCCUACAAUUUCGAUCGUUCCUCGGACGAUCUUGGAGUCUGUGAAAUGCUGAGUUGUGGAAUAGAGAGUUUAUGCGACCAAAAAAGCUCUCUGAUGUACUUGAAAGGAGCGAUCUUUCAGCAGUUAACCUCGAAAAAGGAUGCUAAUAUCUGUGAUCCGUCAUCAAGCACAGACAGUGAGGAUGGAAACAGGAGUAGGUUCUUAUAUGUCAAAGAUUUCAGUUUUUCUUUUCCAUCUGUUGGUACAACUGAUAACUACGUUCAGAAGCAGGGCCCGAUGGUCCAUUUGUCACAGAUAAGUUUCUGCUUCUGGCUUAACGCGACAAGAGAUCGUCUGACCAUCUUUAGUUACCUGAGUUCCAAAGGAAUCAUAGAGUUAAUGUUGCAAGUCGUCGACAGGAACAGUUUGUUGCUUACUGUGGGAGGAAAUUCAAGGAAAAUUAUGGCGACAAUAAACGAUGGGAAAUGGCAUCACACCUGCACCAUAUGGGACAACUCUGAUGGGGCGUGGUCGUUUUUCAAGGAUGGUGUUGCGGUAUCAAAUAGAAGCCGUUUUAAAGUCGGUUAUGUUAUUCCCCCUGGGGGAACAUUCGUGCUCGGUCAAGAACAAAAACCUGACAAAACUUUCAAAAACGUGCCAUUUAUUGGCGAACUGGCUAAUUUUAACAUUUGGAGCCGCACUUUGCCUGCCAUAAAAGUCUUAAAGAUUUCCAAGUGGUGCUUUAGAGGACGGGGAGACGUGGUUUCGUGGCCUGAUUUUCAAUCUGCUCAGAUAAACGGCAACGUGAAAAUCUCAAAGCCUUCUUCUUGUGCGAAGUGAGCUUCAUGCAGUCUAUGCCUGGAUUGUAUUUUGUAGUUAUGCCAUAGAUAGCUUUGGCGAGGAAGACACUAAAAAGUAAUUGUGACAAAAAGAGCGAUCGUUUUUCUAGAAAAUUAGAGGAUUAAACAUGC